AUGUGGGUUCGUUUCGUUGGCGUAGGUGGUACAAAAAUUCCAACAAGCCCAGUUGCAGUCGAACGAUGUGGUACCAUCGCAACAGGCUGGUAUUCAGGACAAAUGCCCACUAGCGUGAAUACCACUAUGAAUGGAACUGUAUGUUAUGCAUUUGGAUCUAGCAAUUGCACUAUGAAUAAUAGGAUUAGUGUGACUAAUUGUGGAUCUUAUUACGUUUAUCAGUUAAGUGCACCUCCACAGUGCGAUUUACGCUACUGUACCGACAUACCAGGUGUUUGGAUAACAGAUACAACAAUAACGCCCAUAGAAGUUAUAACGUCAAGUACACCAAUAGUCUCUUCUCAAUGUUACAAUUAUACGCUGAUCAAUGAUCCUACAAACAGCGUUAAUGUAACCACUAAUAUUAGUGUGAUUGAUUGUGGAUCUUAUUACGUUUAUCAAUUAUGUGCACCUCCAGGCUGCCAAUUACGCUACUGUACUGAUAUACCAGGUGUUUGGAUAACAGAUGCAACAAUAGUCCCGAUAGCAGGACAAAUAACAAGUAUGGCAACAUCAACAAUUUCGUCUAUUAAUUCAAUAUGUUUACCACCUAUAAUUACACUUAUACCUGGAGCAUUAUUAUUAUCAUCUCCAAUAGAAUUUCGACGAAGUCAAGAUUUCUGUAUUAGUUCAAUAAUUCAGUUCAAUUGUAACAUUUCAUUUUCGACGACUACACAAUGGGAAAUUAAAAAUUGUUCUUUAAAUUGUUCACAUAAAAUUACAUUAGAUCAACAAAUAAUAACGACACUUAGUGAAUUAUAUAUUCCAGCAAGAACACUGGCUUAUGGACUUUAUCAAUUACAGUUAACUGUAACAAUGAUUAAUUCACCAAGUAUAACAACAAUAACAUCAUCAGUUUAUGUUCGAAUAACUCCAUCAGGUAUAACAGCAAAUCUUGUUCAAUUAGGAACAUCAAUGAUUACACGUGGCGAUCAACAAGAUCUUAAACUUGAUCCAGGAACAUUUUCUGUUAAUCCUGAUGAUGAUUCAUUUGAUGCAACUAAAUGGAAAUAUGAAUAUUAUUGUCGAAUUUAUGGUUUAUAUAUGUUUCCAAAUUUCCAAGGAGCAUUAUUAUCAAUAGAUGAUUCAAGAAUUGAUCCUUAUAAUCCAUCAUGUUUAUCAAAUCAAACAGGAAAUAAAACAGAAUUGAAAUUUGAUGGUGUUGGCUUAUUAUCAAAAUCAUCUGUAACAAUUCUUGCUGGUUCAUUAAAAUCCAAUCGAACAUAUCAAUUUAUGGUUCAAAUGGAAAAUCUUCGAAAUUCUUCAAUUCAAGCCACAGGUUAUGUGCUUGUUACAGUUGUAGAUACUCGUCCACAAAUGGUUCUUAUUGGUUGUGUUAUUUGGACGAUGUGUGUUCCAAAUUUAGAAUUUCAAUUUGUUAAUCCAACAACACAAGUUGCACUAUUUGCUAUUUGUAAUGGAAAUUGUACAACUCUGGAAAAUAUCAUUUGGAAUGUCUAUCAAGGAUCAUCAAAUUCAUCUUCAAAUGUCACUCAAUGGAUUUUAUUUAAUCAAAUGAAUACAUAUGAAAAUAUUUGGUUUUUCGGUAGAAAUACAAGUAAUUUUACUGCAACAAAUCAAUUAUUUCUCAAUAAUCCUCAAAUUGAUCUUUGGCGAUUUGAAGUUGUUUAUAACUUUACAUUUGAAACAAGUUUAAGUUCAUUAAAUUUUAUUAUCAAUCAACCUCCUUAUAAUGGUUCAUGUUCAAUGAAUCCUUCAAAUGGUACAACAAGUACUUUAUUUACUAUUGAAUGUCCAAAUUGGUAUGAUGAAGAUGAUGUUAAAGAUUAUUCACUUUAUAUUUGGACAACAGAUCAAAGAGAACGAAUGAUGAUUGCAUUUUCAUCAGUAUCAACUUUUCAAGUUUAUUUACCAGCUGGACUAAGUCAUACGAUAAUGUAUAUUCGUGAUACUCUUGAAUGUACCGCAGAAUUUAAUAUGUCAUCUAUUAAUGUCACAACAGAUUUUGAUACAAUUAAUGAUUUAAUCAAUAAUAUACAAAACCCAACAAACAAUCCAUUGAUAAACAUUCUCGUUGGUGGAAAUCAAAAUUUGGUUGGACAAGUGAUUGUUUCCGUAUCACAACAGUUUAAUCAAAUGAAUAAUGAAAGCAUAGACAGCGCUGUUUCGAAUGGUAUUCCAGCUACAAGUAUAUCUAUAUCAUCCUUAGGAAGUCAAUCUUCACAAGAGAUUUCUACUCCGAUGAAUGACUCAGCUUUGAUCGAAUAUAACAAACAGUUAAAUUCUCUUGCAAAUGUACGCGAUCAACUUAUAAAAUAUCUGGUUGAUCUUCAAGUUUCUGAUUCAAAUAGUCUUAAGUUACAAUCAUUAUCCUUAGCACAAUUUAGUGGAUCAACAAAUCAAUUGACACGAACAGUUUUAAUGCUUGUAUCGAAUAAAUGUUAUCAAUUAUCUCUUACUUUACGUUCGAUGGCAACAUUAAUUGCAUAUGAAGAUGUUCAAAUAAUUGCAAGUCAACUUAUCCAAUGCGCUACUAAUAUUUUAAGUGCUGUCAAUGGACCAUUACAAGAACGAACACUUGUAUUGGAUUUAGAUUCAUCUCGUGCAACAGCAUUUCCGACAGAUUAUGAUACUGAUAUUGAAUCAGAAUGGUCAAAUCCAAAUUUAUUUGCUAAUGGAAAUGAUUUUUCAUGGAAAACAAUUGAGCAAGGUCGAAAUACUUAUUAUCAAAAGCAAUUGGCAACUACAAUCAGUAAUCAAAUGAAUGAACUGAAAUCAUUAUUAACAUCUACAUUGAAUAUUCAUAUAAAUAUUGGUCAAAAUUUAACAAUAAAUACACCAUCAUCAUUUAUGUCGUUAGAAACAAUAUCAAUAGAAUCUCUUUCAAAUAAACAAAUUCAACAAGUUGGAAAUGCUCAAAUUAAUAUGCCUGAACAUGUUAAUUCGGAUAUAAGUGACAAUUCAGCAGUUAUACUUAGAUCAAUAAUGGAACCACUUGCUGCAUAUGGUAGUUCAAAAUCUGCAUUAGCAAAUACAAAUGUUUCAACAUCAAUAUCACUUUCAGUUGUUGAUCGUAAUGGAAAUGAAGUUACAAUUAAAACAGAUGAAACUAAUCCAAUUGAAAUAAUCAUUCCUCAUGAUCCCAGUCUUAUAAUUCCAUCAAUGAUUAUUCAAAAUGUUACAUCCAUAAAUUCUACAUUUCAUAAUCAAUUAUUUUCUUAUCAUUAUAUGAAUAUCACGAAUAUACUUCCAAUUUCAGCUCAUAUUGAAAUUAAUCCAUUGGAAAUAAAUAUUUCUUAUUUAUUUAUUUAUAAAUUUGAUCAAAUACCACAAUUAAAUACUUCAAUAAAUCAAAUUGAUGGAUGGACUCUAUUUUGUUCUGUUAAUUCAACAAAUGAAAGUAUUUAUACAUAUUUUAUUAAUAAUCAACAAACACUUGGUCAUCAAUCAAUUAUAUUUGGUUUAAGAGAAUUAAAUUCAACAGAAGUUGAAGAUUUUUGUAGAAAUUCUUCAAUUGUAAAUCCUCCAAUAACAGAUUUGAAAUUUAAUUUUACAUCAAAUUAUGAACUUCGUAUUUAUACAUCAGGUUGUUAUUAUCUCGAUGAAAAUAAUCAAUGGCAAUCUGAUGGAUUAGUAGUUGGUCCAUUAACAAAUCAUUAUGAAACUCAAUGUUUUUCAACACAUUUAACAACAUUUGCAAGUGGUUUUCAUGUUUUUCCUGAAUCGGUUAAUUGGAAUUAUGUUUUUGCUAAUGCUGAUUUUAUGAAAAAUAAAACAAUUUAUUUAACAAUUAUUUGUGUAUGUGUGAUUUAUGUCAUUUUAAUAAUAUUCUCCCGUUAUAAAGACAAAAAAGAUAUUGAAAAAUUAGGAGUAACACCAUUACCUGAUAAUCAUAAAUCUGAUAAAUAUUUUUAUCAAAUUAUUGUUUUUACUGGUCAAAGAAAACAUGCUGGAACAAAAUCAAAAGUUCAUUUUGUAUUGUCUGGUGAUUCCGAUACAACACAUGUUCGUACAUUUGCUGAUCCACAUCGACAGAUAUUUCAACGUGGUGGAAUUGAUUCAUUUAUUAUGGCUGUUCCAAAAUCUUUGGGAUUAUUAAAUUGUAUUCGUAUUUGGCAUGAUAAUAGUGGUCACGGUUCAUCAUCAUCAUGGUUUUUGAAAUAUUUAAUUGUUCGUGAUUUACAAACAAUGGAAAAAUUUCAUUUUAUUUCUCAACGUUGGUUUGCAGUUGAAAAAGAAGAUGGAAAUAUUGAACGUGUUUUACCAAUUGCUAGUGAAAUAGAAAAGCAAGAAUUUUCAUAUGUAUUAUCAAAAAAAUCUUAUCAUAGUGUAUCCGAUGGUCAUUUAUGGUUUUCAAUAUUUUCUCGUCCACCAUCAACUACAUUUACACGUGUUCAACGAUGUACUUGUUGUUUUGUUUUAUUAUUUAUUUCAAUGUUUUUAAAUAUAAUGUAUUAUGAUUUAUCAAAUGAAGCAAAAACAAAUUCUGCUAGUUUAUCAUUUGAUUCAUCUUAUAUCAAUCCUCAACAAAUAAUAAUUGGUAUUAUUGUUGAAGUAUUUGCAUUGAUUCCAAGUCUUUUACUUGUUCAACUCUUUCGACGUCUUAGAUCUCGUCGACAACAAAUAUCUCCAUUACGUCAAGCUUUGUAUUCAAUAAAAUCAAAUUUAGACAUUAAGAGAGAAAACCAACAAAAAUUAGGAAGAACAUUUCCAUGGUGGUAUAUAUUUAUUGCAUAUGGAUUUUCUAUUCUAUUAGUUGGCGUAUCAGUCAUUUUUAUAAUUGCUCGUGGAAUUGAAUUUGGUGAUGAAAAAACUCAAAAAUGGUUAAUAUCAAUUCUAAGUGGAUUUUUUUCAUCUAUUUUUUUGACACAACCUUUGAAGAUUAUAAGUUUAGCAAUAUUUUUUGCUUUUUUCUGUCGUAAGCCAAAUGACGAUAAAGAAGCAAAUGAAUAUUUGAAUGAUGAUCAAUUUGAUUUAAAUGAUGAUGAAGAAUAUCUUCAUUCCAUUAAAGUUAAUUCAUUAUUUCUAUAUCGAUCACCGAUACGUGCAAAUCGUUUGAAUAAAGGUGAAAUUACUUUUGCACGUGAUCAACGUUUGAAAGAAAUUUAUAUGUGGUCAAUUCUACGAGAAAUAUUUAUUUAUUCAUGUUUCUUAUCACUUCUUUGUACUGUAACAUAUUCAAAUCAUCAUCCAAAUGCAUCUCUUCAAGUUAAUCACUUACGAAACUAUUUUUUGGAUUCUGAUUAUACGCAGAUUACAACAAUAAAUCAAUAUUGGUAUUGGUUAGAAAAUAGUUUUGUUGAAAAUAUUCGUGCUCAACAAUGGUAUAAUGGUGAUGCACCUCGAAAUUUGAGUGGUUAUAUUAAUGAUAAGUCUAAUCGAUUAAUUGGUUGGGCAACAAUGAGACAAUUACGUAUUAAAUCUCAAUUAUGUCAGGUUAAAAAUGAAAUAAUUUCAACAUGUCAAUAUGAUUAUAGUUCAUCAAAUGAAGAUAAACAUUCGUAUCAACCAGGAUGGUUCAAUGAAACUAUAGAAACGUAUAGUUUAUCCAUUAGUCAAUCAUUUCAAUACCAAUCAAGUAAAGAUUUAGAUACAUAUACUUAUGUUGGAGAUUAUGGAAAUUAUGAAGGUGGUGGUUAUAUUUAUGAAUUUCGAGGUAGUUUAUCUGAUCUUCAAAGUAAUGUAUCUCAACUACACACAUUAGGAUGGAUUGAUAAUCAAACACGAGCUGUGAUUAUUGAAUUAAGUUUAUAUAAUCCAAAUGCUCAAUUAUUUACAUCAGUUAUCUUUCUUACGGAAUUUUUAUCAACAGGUGGAAUUUAUCUUUCAUCUCGUUUUGAACCAAUGAAUUUUGAUGCAUUUAUAUCGAUGUAUCAAUUGAUCAGUAUACUUGUUUAUAUGAUAAUGAUUUUAUAUUUUAUGUGGAUAGAAAGUCGAUUACUAUUAAAAUUAAAACGGAAUUAUUUUCAUGGAUUUUGGUCUUACAUUGAAAUUGGUAUAAUAGUUUGUUCAUGGACAAGUGUUGGAAUAUAUGUUUGGCGUUAUAAAGAAUGUCAACGUAUUGGAGAAUUAUUUGAAGAAACAAAUGGAUAUGUUUAUAUAAAUUUACAAUUAGCAUCAUAUAUUAAUGAUAUAUUAACAUUUUUAUUUGCAUUUUGUUGUUUUUUUGGUACAAUUAAAUUUAUUCGUCUAUGUCGUUUUGAUCAACGUCUGAAUUUAUUUAUUCAAACACUUCAAUAUGCUGGAAAAGAAUUAAUUUCAUUUGCAAUGAUGUUUUCAAUGGUCUUUAUAUCAUUUGUUUGUUUAUUUUAUUUAUUAUUUGUCUCAAAACUUGAUGCAUGUUCAAGCUUAUUAAAAACAUCACAAAUGUUAUUUGAAAUGUCAUUAAUGAAAUUUGAUGCACAUGAAUUAAGUGGAGCUGCACCAUUUUUGGGGCCAUUUUGUUUGAGUUUAUUUAUUAUUUUGGUUGUUUUUGUUUGUAUAAGUAUGUUUAUUACGAUUAUUAGUGACAGUUUUCGUCGUGCACGAAAAAAUCUUAAUAAUGAUCAAGAAAUAUUUUCAUAUAUGUUAAACAAAUUUCAACGAUGGACAGGUUUAAAAAAAGCGAAUGAAGAGGAGCGAUAUGCAUUGAUGCGACUAGAAUAUUUUGAUCCAAUUGAAGGUUUUCCAGAGAGAAUUGAUCAAUUAUUAGAUGCAAUUAAUCGCCUUUAUAUGACACAAAUAAGUGAAAGAUCAAGAAUGGAGAAAGACGAAUUUUAA